AUGGAUAACCAGUUCCCUUCCAAGAAAGGUCCAAGUUUCUGUUCCUUCCGAUAUGUGUUGGCACUCUUCAUGCACUCUUGUAACGUUGUGGUAAUGGCACAGCGCAUGUGUCUGAGCCUCACAAUGAUAGCCAUGGUGAACAACACUAAUCUACGUGGUUUGCCUAACACCUCCACAGAGGAUCACCCAGGUUACAUAAAGAACCCUGUCUAUGAUUGGAGUCCUGAUAUCCAGGGAAUCAUCCUCAGCGCCAUUUUGUACGGCACAUUCAUCAUUCAAAUUCCUGUUGGAUACCUCUCUGGAAUAUACCCCAUAAAGAAAAUUAUUGGCUUUGCAUUACUCCUGAGCUCUCUAUUCAGCCUGUUCAUCCCACUAGCUGCUGAAGUUGGAGAAACUUGGAUCAUUGCAUGCAGAGUACUCCAAGGAAUAUCGCAGGGGACAGCAACAACAGCACAGCAUGAAAUAUGGGUCAAAUGGGCUCCUCCCUUGGAACGGAGCAGUCUUACCUCUAUUAGUCUAUCAGGGUUUCUGCUGGGUCCAUUCAUUGUCCUGCUUGUGACGGGGAUCAUCUGUGACUCUCUGGGCUGGCCCAUGGUCUUCUACAUUUUUGGUGCUUGUGGCUGCACACUAAGUCUUCUCUGGUUCAUUCUGUUUUAUGAUGAUCCCAAGAAUCACCCAUGUGUAAGCAUCAAUGAGAAGGAAUACAUCACGUCUUCCCUCAUCCAGCAGGUGAGCUCUACGAGACCAUCUCUGCCAAUCAUGGCUAUAAUUAAGUCUCUUCCACUCUGGGCCAUUUCUUUCAGUAGUUUUGCUUACUUAUGGACGUAUAACAUAUUGAUUCUAUAUAGCCCAACGUUUAUCAACUCCAUGCUUCAUGUUAACAUAAGAGAGAAUGGUAUACUGUCCAGUCUCCCCUUCUUGCUUGCAUGGAUUUGUGGUAUCAUAGCAGGUCACGCAGCCGACUUGCUUUCUUCAAAGAAUGUUCUCAGCCUAACUGCUGUUCGGAAACUCUUCACUGCAAUGGGACUUCUCUUGCCUUCGAUCUUCAGCAUGUGCCUGCUCUACCUGAGUUACAGCUUCUCCAGCACUAUUGCUUUUCUGAUACUUGCAAAUGCAACAAGCAGCUUGUGUCUUGCUGGAACACUUAUCAAUGCAUUGGAUAUUGCUCCCAGGUAUUAUGCAUUUCUCAAAGGAGUUACAGCCGUAAUUGGAAUGACAGGAGGAAUAAUUUCUUCCACAUUGACUGGAUUGUUCCUUAGCCAGGACCCAGAAUCUUCGUGGUUCAAAAUCUUCCUCCUGAUGUCUGCCAUUAAUGUGAUAAGCCUGAUUUUCUACCUUAUAUUUGCUAAAGCAGAAAUUCAAGACUGGGCUAAGGAAAAACAACAUACACAGUUCUGA